AACUCGUUCUGUUUUACUUCUCAGACUGUUAAUCACUGAGUCAAAUACCCCACUGAUUUAGACUUCCCUCUCCCCCUUCAUCUAAUCACUACGCCUAAUUACAAUUAACUGACUUGCGAUUCUUCAAUUCCUCAGUUGAUCAAUACGUGUAAUUUUUUCAUAAGCUCAUAAUUAUGAAUUUCCCCCAAUUUUGAAUGGAAACCCUAACCCUAGAUUUCAAUUUUUUUAUUAGAUCUUCAUCUUUUUCCCUUCUUCAAUUCCAGUUUUCUCUUUUCUUUUCUGGUGGGUGACCGAUCAAAGCCCCAUAUAAUCUUUGCCUGAUCGUUGAAUUCUGUUUCUUUGAAGACGAGUAGGUGGCCCUAAUUUCAUUAAUUUGAGACGUAUUAAUAAGAUAUUGAUUUAAAAUUAUAAGUACAGAAUUGGGUUUGGUUUAAAAAUAUGAAACAAGGAAAAAAAAAUGUAUUUUUAGUAGUAUAUAGAUACUUAUUUUAAGGAAUGGGAAACUCAGAAACUGAAGGAGGAAUGUUGGAAUGUGAUACUGGGAGUAUUGUUUGGGUUCGAAGGCGAAAUGGGUCGUGGUGGCCUGGUAAAAUAUUGGGGGCUAAUGAGCUUUCGGCGUCUCAUUUGAUGUCUCCACGAUCUGGAACUCCAGUCAAGCUUCUUGGCAGGGAAGAUGCUAGUGUGGAUUGGUAUAACUUGGAGAAGUCAAAGCGUGUCAAAGCAUUCCGUUGUGGUGAAUUUGAUGAUUGUAUUAAACGUGCUGAAGCUUCCCAAGGUAUGCCUCCAAAGAAAAGAGAGAAAUAUGCGCGUCGAGAAGAUGCAAUACUUCAUGCUCUUGAACUUGAGAGGCUAUUGCUAGAAAAAAAAUAUGGAGCAGGUUUUUCAUCCACUGUUAAGAGCAAUAAAUCUACUGCUGAUUUUGUUGGAAGAGAGUCUGUGACAUCAUCAGAAUACCUGGAAAAUGGGAAUGGGAGACACAUAGGACCUAAGUCCCAUCAAGUUUCUACUAGAUCUGGAGUCUCCCUCGAGGACAAGGGUGCACUAAAUAUUUUAUCUGCUGAGGUACCCAAAGAUCGAAAUCAACUUAGUAGGGAUGUUGAUAAUUCUGGUGUACUUCCGAGAAUGAGAGGUUUACAGGAUAUUGCUCUUAGUACUGCUGCUUCAGAACAUAACCAUUCUCCAUCACUUGCUUUAAAUGGUACUGACCAACCUGUGCUUGAUAGCAGUGCUCAUGCUGUUCCUGAUGGGAGUAAUAAUAUAGAUGGCCUGGUUAAUGUUGAGAAAAGAAGUAUGUCGGAGAAAAGAAAACCGUCAGAAGAUGCAUUGGUAGAAGAUAUCCUUGUCAAGAGGCGUGAUAGGCGCCGCCCUCUUGCUCAUGUUUUGCAGAGUUCUGAAAAUUUGCCAGUUUCUCUCCUUCAGCCGGACUCAGUUUCCGUUUCUACCUCUGAUACAGGGAAGGAGCUGCCUCGAGUUGAAUUGCUUACAAAGAAUAGCAGGUCUAGGUAUCUGGCAGUUGAACCUAGCAACAGUUUAUCUGUUGGAGAGAGUCAUCGAUCCCAGAUUGAAUUUCCAACAUUGAAGGCCGAAGAUAACAAUUGUUCUCGUCCUGUUGGCUUGUGUCAACAGAAUGGUUCUGGAUCAACAGAGUAUACUGAAACUGAUUCAACUGAGUCAGAUUCUCUGGAAUCAGAUACCGAUGAUGAUCUGGCUACACUCUCAGAUGGUGCUGCAUCUAUAGAAUUAGAACCCAAAUAUGUAGGAAGAUCUGAAGCACUACCUGAACAUGGAAGCAUGAGCAGCGAGGAGGUGGAUGAUUUUACACUCGCAGAAGGCACGUCUCAUCCAUACCAUCAGGAGUCUGUCUCUGCUGGAUUUGGGGUGUCUAAAUGGAAACUAAAAGGGAAAAGGAAUAACCGAAGCCUUAACAAGAGGUUUGUUGAUGCUUUUGAUGGAGAUCUUGCAAGGAGACCCCAUAUGUCUGCUUUCAAAGAAACGGGAGGUUAUGCUUGUCUUCAGGAUGAUCUGGUUACAAGAUCCAAGGUGCAAAUGGCUGGAUAUGGAUCUAAACCUCCGGGUAGAGCUAGCCGAAACAUGUUCAGUUGGGGGGAUUUGGCUUGGGAUGAUCAACCUUCAGUUAGAGGAUACUGGGAGGAAGCUAGUGAGUGUUUUGAUCCUAUGAAUAGCUACCGUCAUGUUGGUGGCAGGACCAUGCUGGUAGAUGUGGACCUAAAAGUCCAGUCAAGCUAUCAGAGAGAACAUGUGCCUAUGAUUUCGCUGAUGAGUAAGCUAAAUGGGCAGGCAAUUAUAGGACAUCCUAUCCAAGUUGAAACCCUUGCAAAUGGUUCUACCGAAAGCUUCCUUGGGGAUAUUGAUGAUGAUUAUCCAGAAACAUUGGAUUAUGAUACAUCACUCCAACCUACAUGGAGAACUGCUCGCAGGACUGCCAGUGUUCGUGUUCCACGGCCACAUUCAUCAGCAUCAGAUAAUCCUGAAGGAAUCAAGCAUUUCCAGGGUUCUGAUCAUCACAGAAAUGUUCGAAAAGCUGCUGUAGGAGGCAUUCAGAAGGCAAACACGACGAGGAAGAUCACUUCCCGGUCUCCCAUAGAGAAAACAUUUUCAAGAAAGCCGGGGAAAAAGGUUAGUUUAUCUUCUAAUCAAAAGAUAAGGACACUUUCUUCGAUAGCCUCACAGCAGAAACAAAGUAGUGAUUCCAACAGUUCUCUAGUGGAUGUACUCAAAGCAGAGACACUGCCAAGUGUUGUUGCUUGUAUUCCGGUAAAGUUAGUAUUCAGUAGGUUAAAUGAGGAGUUAGUGGGCCGUCAGUAAUAAUUUUGUAGCAGGGACUUAGUAAGGCAAUACAGACAAUAAUAUACAGUAACAUGUAAAAUUUUACAAGAAAUAAUCGUAUACUUGCUAGUACAUCCAUCUCUUGCUAAUCUUUUUGUCCAGGCAAAUGCAGUCUCAUGUAUCUGAGCAGCUUGAAUGUUAAGGCAAAGCAGGUAGGCUCUGCAUUGGGACGCUGUUUAGGAUAUUAACUUAGUUGUAUAUCAGGUUUCCUUAUGUAAUUUUUCUCUUUAGUUUAUAAGGUUUGGUGAUAGCGUGUGGCUCUCUGAAGUUGAGGCUGGGUAGACAGAUUUUAGGUUUUUGGUACAUAUGAGAUUAUUAUGAAUGUAAAUUGUAAAACAGAAAUUAUACUGACUUGGUGCCACAGACUUUGUGGCUUUAACUCUGCAACUUGCCUGCUGAAAAAACACACCUUUCUCUGCAACAUCUGCCUGUGUGCCUUGGCAUUUGGGAUAGGGUUUCUCAAACUCAGCUAUGUUGUGUGAAGAGUUUGACUCAGUUGAAGGAACGUUACAUUACUUUCUUUUUGAUAGUUUAUUUAUUACUAUUUUGGAGUACUUUAUAUGUACAUAAGUGUGUUGCCCACGGGCAUGCAUUAUGUUUGUACAAUUCAAACUUCUUUGUUUAAGAAAACGAAUAAGGGCAAACCCCUCUUGGAUCCA